AUGGGUCCUCUCGCCAAAGCCCUCAACAUUCUUCAAGAUGAGACAGAUGUUCAGAUGGGAUGGCUUCUGCCAACUCUGACGCUCCUCAUCAAUAAGCUUGAACGAAUCCACAUAAAUUCCAGGUACUGCAAACCUUUGGUGGAUGCAGUCCUAGAGGGACUACAAAAGCGCUUUAAAGACAUGAUGGCAGAACCAGAGUUUAUUGCUGCUGCCAUCCUGCUCCCAAAAUUUAAAACAGCGUGGACAUCUGAUGAGAACCUAUUAAACCUAGGACUUGCCUACAUCAAGGACCAUCUGGAGGAAGAACGUCCACAUCAGUCACCAGGCAAUGGAUCAAGUGCUUCAGAUGACGAUGACUUCUUUUCAAGCAUGAAAAAAACUCAUGGGCAGGAAAGUGUUAAACAGCUAGAAGGGUACCUUGCCUCUAAAGUAGACAACAAAGAGAUACUGCAAUCUUAUCCUGCGGUUUGCAAAUUGUCUCUUAAAAUCAACACUGCCUUACCAGCUUCUGCUGCAUGCGAACGUCUCUUUAGCACUGCUGGACUGAUUUUCAGCCCAAGAAGGGCAAGAUUGGAUGCCAGAAAUUUUGAAAAUCAGCUCCUUCUCAAACUUAACAAAAAAUAUUUUAGCUUUAGGUAG